UGUUUCUUCAACCUUUCAUUUUCGCUUUCGGUUUCAAUCUCUCUCUGCUUUUGCCACAGUUAAUGACUUUAAUUAACUAAUUAAUUAACUUUUAAUCCAGUUUAACUCUGUAUGCCAGUCUGACCUCAUAUACACAACAAAGCCUCGAAAAUAUUCAGUCUUCGCCAAGUCCCCCUGGUCUGGAACAGAGCAACAAUCCAGGAAGGACGAGAUGCUGAUUUAAACGGCAUAAUUAUAAAGUUCGAUUUUGAUCUCCCGGAAACGUUACCAUGUCGGGGCCGCUUGACAGAUUCGCCAGGCCUUGCUUUGAGGGGUUCUCUGGCCACGACGAAAGAAAGGAAAGGAAAUCAGAUAUUGAAAACUCAGAGGAUGACAAGCGAACAAGAAUUGGGAGCCUGAAAAAGAAAGCUAUAAAUGCAUCGAGUAAAUUUAGGCAUUCUUUAAAGAGAAAGAGGAGAAAAAGUGGCCUCCGAAGUAAUUCGGUUUCAAUUGAGGAUGUUCGGGAUUUUGAAGAGUUGCAGGCUGUAGAUGCAUUUUGUCAGGCACUCAUCUUGGAGGAGUUGCUACCUCCCAGACAUGAUGACUAUCAUACGUUGUUGAGAUUCUUGAAAGCAAGGAAGUUUGAUAUUGACAAAGCAAAACACAUGUGGGCCAACAUGAUCCAAUGGAGGAGGGAUUUUGGGACUGACACAAUUUUGGAGGAUUUUGAGUUCAGUGAGCGAAACGAGGUUCUGAAGUACUACCCUCAGGGUUAUCAUGGCGUGGACAAGGAAGGGCGACCUGUUUACAUUGAACAAUUGGGAAGAGUUGAUGCGAACAAGCUUAUGUAUGUGACUACCAUGGAACGAUAUGUGAGAUACCAUGUGCAGGAGUUCGAGAGGAGUUUUGCCGUUAAGUUUCCAGCAUGCUCCAUUGCAGCAAAGAGGCACAUAGAUUCAAGCACAACAAUUUUAGAUGUCCAAGGCGUGGGUUUUAAGAACCUAACCAAGACUGCAAGAGAGCUCAUCACCCGACUGCAGAAAAUUGAUAACGACAACUACCCUGAGACACUUUGCAGAAUGUUUAUAAUAAAUGCUGGUCCCGGUUUUAAGCUGCUAUGGAACACAGUUAAAACAUUUCUUGAUCCGAGAACAACCACUAAGAUUCAUGUUCUUGGUAAUAAGUACCAGAGCAAAUUGCUUGAAAUAAUUGAUGCAAGUGAGUUGCCAGAUUUCCUCGGUGGAACCUGUACCUGUGAUGAUAAGGGGGGUUGUAUGAAGUCUGACAAGGGGCCAUGGAACGAUCCAAACAUAUUAAAGGUGGUACUUAGUGGUGAAGCUCAAUGCUUUAGACAAAUAGUAACUGUUUCAAACAGUGAUGGGAGAGUGAUUGCUUGUGAUAAGCCUCGUUUACCAAUGGUAAGAAGUAGUGAUACAUCUACUGCAGAGUCAGGAUCCGAAGUGGAAGAAAUGGCCUCUCCUAAAGUAAAUAAAAGCUCUGUACAACCAAGGUUGACUCCCGUCUGUGAAGAGGCUAGGGGGGUUGGCAAGUCAAGCAUCGUUGGUGCCUUAUCUGAUUAUGAUGAAUAUGUUCCCAUGGUUGAUAAGGCUGUUGAUGUGGGUUGGGAAAAAAGGUCGCAUCAGAAUCCGACUGUCUCUGGAGGGCCACCUUCUGUGUCGAGUGUAGAAAAAAUACCAGAAGGAAUCUUUUCUCAACCUUGGGCUGCGCUUUUGGCUAUCUUUAUUACCCUCUUUACUCUUAUUCGAUCAGUAGUAUUUCGGUUGACGCACAAAUUUCACAACUCUCUUUCUGAUUCUGCCGACAAUAUUCCGAACCUGACCGAUGAAUCACUUCCAAAAGAGGAGUUCCGUCCCCCAUCUCCAGCCCUUAGAAAGAAGGAUCUUCUUUCAUCCGCUCUGAAAAAGCUUAGUGAGCUUGAAGAGAAGGUGGAUAAACUACAAGCAAAGCCAUUUGAGAUGCCUUACGAGAAAGAGGAGUUGCUAAAUGCUGCUGUUUAUCGUGUCGAUGCAUUAGAAGCAGACCUAAUUGCUACAAAAAAGGCUCUUCAUGAAGCUUUGUUGAGGCAGGAAGAACUACUAGAAUACAUAGACAGACAACGGGAGGCUAAACUUCGGAAAAAGAGGUGGUGCUGGUAAAACUAUUACUUUGUACGAGUUGUUUGGUGGGUAUAUUGAUGGUUUCCAUAUAUAGAAUUAUGCACAUAUAUGCUUGUAUAUUUGAGAUGCGUAAUAAGUGUAAUUCAGAGGUGCUCUUGUUUUCUUUAACACGUCCCCACUUGCUUUUGCUGGAAAUAUAAGGCCUUAUUAAGUACUUCAUGUGUUCUCGCUAUAAUAUUGGGUUAUAUGACGAAUGGUACCAUAUGUGUUUCC